GGGGGUUUCUCUCCCUGCACCCCCCAAUUUCCCAUCUCUCUCUCUCUGUUCCAGCCCAUCCCCGAUGCGGGGUCCCCUCCUCGCCGCCGCGGCCGCUGCCAUGGGUGGCCCGGGCGGUCCCUUAGCCCGCACCAUCCGUGCCAAGCUGACCGCCGCCCUCCAGCCCACGCACCUGGAGGUCCGCGAUGACUCCCCCCGGCACGGGGGCCCCCCCGGAGCCGAGACGCAUUUCGGGGUGCUGGUGGUGAGCGCGCUCUUCGCGGGGCUGUCGCCGCUGCAGCGGCACCGCCUGGUGCACGAGGCGCUGCGGGCCGAGCUGGCCGGGCCCCUGCACGCCCUGCAGGUCACGGCCCGCACCCCCGAGCAGUGGCAGAGCGACCCCCAAAACCCCCCCGCGCCCCCUUGCCUGGGAGGCUCCAAGAGGGAGGAACGGCGCGGGGCUGGGGAGGAGGAGGAGGAGGCGGCGGGGAAGCAGUGACGGCCUGGGAAAGGCC